CGGCCACUUCCACUCUUCCACUACUGACUGAUCGAUUUAAUAAAAAAAAAUGGAAGAAGACACUGAAUACUUGAAGUUGAAUAUAGAAGACAGAUGUGUACACAAGGCGUGGAAAGCCAGAGUCAAUGGUUACGAAGAGGCGAAAAAACUUUUUAACCAAAUAGCGGAUGAAAAAUCACCAGAAUGGAACAAGUUCUUAGGUCUGUUAAAGAAGAUGGUUGUCGACAGCAAUGCUCUCGCUCAAGAAAAGGGUUUGGAAGCUGUUCUAGCCUAUGUUGAAAACAGUGCUGUGGCGGGAAAGACUGUAGGAGAUGUAAUGUCUGGGCUAGUGGCUAAAUGCAUCGGAGCUCCUAAAGCCAAGACCAAGGAACUGGCUGGACAAAUAGCACUCAUGUACGUAGAGAUCGAGAAGCAUGAAGUAGUUCUGGAAGAACUGCUCAAGGGAACGGAACAGAAGAAUCCGAAAAUUGUCACAGGCUGCAUUAGCAUUAUCAUCCAAGGUCUGAAGGAAUUUGGAAUAAAAGUUAUCACCAUCAAACCGAUUUUGAAACGUUUGCCCCAGUUGAUUGAAGACAGGGACAAAACAGUACGAGAAGAAACCAAAGCGCUCGUUGUGGAAAUGUAUCGAUGGAUCGGAGCCGCUCUGAAUCCUCAGCUUACGUUCCUCAAACCCAUCCAGAUGACGGAACUUAAGCCUGAUUUCGACAAAGUGAGCGGACAAAAGGCAGCGCCAACUAGAUAUCUUCGCUCGCAACAAGCCAAACAAUCUAAGAUUGCGGCUGAGACAGCUGAAGCUGAUGACGGAGAAGAAGGAGACGAGUGUGAUGACGGAGGCGCUGGCGAUGUAGACCCUUACGAGCUCAUGAUAGCCGUGGACAUUCUCUCCCGACUGCCGAAAGAUUUCUACGAGAAAGUGGAGGCCAAGAAGUGGCAGGAACGGAAGGAAGCGGUGGAUGCCUUGGACCAGCUGUUACAAGGAGGCCCCAAACUGGAGAACGGCGACUACGGCGAGCUAGUACGAACUUUGAAAAAGAUGAUAACGAAGGACAGUAACGUGGUUAUAGUCGCUUUAGCUACCAAGUGUUUGGCCACCAUUGCCACAGGGCUGAAAAAGAGGUUUCAACCUUACGCAGUCGCCUGCAUCUCCGGACUGUUGGAGAAGUUCAAAGAGAAGAAGCAGAACGUGGUCGUUGCUUUGAGAGAAGCAGUUGACGCGAUCUAUGUUAGCACCACACUUGAAGCCAUUCAAGAUGAUGUGUUGGCAGCUCUGGAGAAUAAGAACCCUUCGGUGAAGGCGGAGACAGCGGUUUUCCUGGCCCGCUGCUUCACAAAGUGCACCCCUGUGGUUCUCAACAAGAAACUCCUUAAAGCUUUCAGCGCUGUUCUGCUCAAGACUCUUAACGAAUCUGCUCUUACCAACUCCAGCACAAAGCCGAGUGUAGUGUUUGCCGAAUGUAGCUUUGAGGACUCUACUCUUCCAGCUAAAAAGCCGAGUUAA